AUGAUUAAUUUCGCCCUGUUUGUUGCAGUAAAACCUCAAAGUGUGAAUAUUUUAACACAAGAAAAGUACGUGUCGGCUGAUAAAAGAUACGAAGUGGAAUGCCGGACGUCCGGUUCCAGACCAGACGCCGUAAUCACCUGGUGGAAGGGGAACCGGCCUGUCAAGAGGCUAGCAAAAAACUUUUUGGAGCACAACAAUCACAACAAUCAAAGCUUGAGCAUUCUGACGUUUGUGCCGGUGAUCGAAGAUGACGGCAAAUACUUGACUUGCCGAGCUGAGAACCCCUCCAUCCCUGAAAACGCCCUCGAGGACAAGUGGAGAUUGAAUGUCCAUUGCCCCAAAGUACAGUGA